AUGGCUCGCAAUCUUCAAGAAGAACUUAAAAUUUUUCACAAUAUUGACCGCCUAGCGUAUGCUUGUUUAGUGUUCGACUUGCAUUUGUCUCCUAAAAUCGGCUCCGAAAUUGUGGCCUUCUGGAAUUGGCUUGAACGUAUUGGUUACGUUAACUUUGUCAAAAAUUCACUAGACUUGCCUCCUCCAUUAUUUCUUGAAUUAUCACAGGAGUCUGAAGCGUGCCUGGAUUUUUUAAAGAGAGAGUCUUUUUCGGUUGAUGAUGAGAAAUUGCUUCCACAGAUUUGUAGUCUUGCUGGGAAGACUCUCUCUUUUGGAGUUGUUUAUGCAAACAAAGUGCAUGCAGAAAGACACAUGAAGGUGUUUAAGUGGAACGUGUGCAAGAGGAUUUUUGAUGACAUAACUCCAGGAACAAGAAGUUCAGGUAAUGGGGUUAAUGGGGCAAUCCCGAAUGGUGAAAUUGUUCGAGUGCAAGAUAAUACUGGGUCAAAUUAUUUGCCCCAGAUGGUGUUUGAUCAAUUAUGGGAAGAUAAUGGAAAUCAUUCACACUCGGUGGUUAAUGAAAGCCAACCUAGGCAAGAUCAACAAGCUAAUAAUGGCAGUCACAAUUUUGAUAAUAAAACUCUUUUUGUAACUUUCUCUAAGGGUCAUCCCAUUACACAUCAAGAACUUGAAGAGUUUUUCACCAGGAGAUAUGGAGGAGACUGUAUUGAGAAUAUAUAUAUGAGUGAAUUGUUUGCUCGCGUGGUGGUAACUUCACCUCAAUAUAUUAAAAGGAUUCUUGGAGAGACAGAGAUAGUUCAGUCCAAUAUCCAUGGAAAAGAUGUAAGAAUAAGACGCUUUAUCCCUAGAGGGCCACCACCACCACCACCACCAGAAAUCUAUGGGUAG